UGGAGGCAACAUCUGGACUCUUCUAAAUGUCUAGUGUGUCUAAUGCAUGUGUGUUUGUACACAUUUGUUGCUCGGAUGUGUAGGCUUGUGCUAUAAACCCCGAGACGGAAGGUUCGAGCGUCCUUGCUAACCAGCCAGUAGGUCCAGCUGACAUGUGAAGCUGGCAUCCACCACUUGUCAGGCUGCGACCUCGGGGUCUGGCUGAUGCAAACGUCAACUGAAAUUAUUUCUUCGUGGAAUUUAUGGGGCAACAUCACUGCUGGUAAUGACAAUCAUGAUGUGACGCGAAGAUGUGCAGUUGACGGGAACAAGGAUGAGUAGAUUUAAUGGAAGAAGCAAACGGGGCGGCUGGAUAAUGCAAAGCAUGCGAGGGAGGUGUUUUUGUUGAGAGAAGGAUUCAGAGGAGGAUGUGGUAGGAAAGGUUGGUAGGAAGAAGGAUGUAGAAAGAGUGCAGUGAGGCCAAAAGUAAGUAAAUAAGUUUAAAUGAGCACAUAAAAAUCUGAGGAAUUAGUAAGAAAUUAAAGCAUGACAAGAAGAGCAGAGUUCAAUUCAGCCUAAAGCAGAAAGUCUGUAAAAGUAGAGAGAUAUUGUAUGUAGAUCCUAACUAAUAUGAAAGUGCGAGAGAGGAGGUUGAGGAGAAAAUUAGAGGGAAGAGAAAACCUGCAUGGGGCAGGCUGGGAGAGGGAGGCAGAGUUGUAAACACACGGGCUGGAAAGGCAGCGGGGAAGAAAGCGCAGAAUCAAUGCCACUUGACGGAAAGCUGCAUAGCAGCGAAUGGACGUGCCACGGGAUGGAGAGGAAACGUCAGUCUGAGCAAAGGACAAAGGCAUAGAACCAUGUCAUCACCUACACCAUGAGAGCUGCCAAGAUUGAGGCUAAAGAGGCUUGUGACUGGCUUCGAGCAGCGGGAUUUCCACAGUACGCUCAGCUGUAUGAAGAUUCCCAGUUUCCGCUUGACAUUUCGUCUGUUAAAAGGGACCACGACUUUUUGGACCGGGAUCUGGUGGAGCCUCUGUGUCGGCGUCUGAAUACUCUGAACAAGUGCGCCUCCAUGAAACUGGACGUCAGUCAACCCAAGAAGAAAGGUGAGGACUCCGAUGAAGAUGAUCCAUUGGCUAUCAGUAAAAGGUGGACGUUCGAGUGGAGCAGCCGACGCUGGUCUCGCCUACAAGACUUCCUGUCUGACAGCACCAAUGAAAGCAGCCCGACAGGUCAGGGGGAGGGUCUGCACAGCACAGUGAGCAGCGAGAGUGUGCUGACAGACCUGAGUGAGCAGGAAAUCACGGAAAUCUCCUCGUUACACAGCGAGGACUCCGCCUCUGCCAUGCCCGACUCUAUAUCGAUGGCCUCCCUCUCUGCUUCCUAUCAACCGCCACGGGAGCUCCCACACUACAACUCCCUGCCGAUCAAAAGCAGCCGCCAUGGGCAAGGGAGGCGGAAUAAAGCCAAAGAGUUUUUGCGGCGAAUGGAAAUAAUGCGUACUUGGGGGCCAUCGACGAGGCGCAAGGGCUCAAACCGCAGGCCGGCGCUGGUCAUCAGCGGGCCGGUGUUACAGGGGGAGGAACCUCAGGCGCUGCAGAUGCUCCAGUGUACACCUAUCAGCCAAUUAGAGCAGAGCCCUAAACACAACCACCAAACUGAUGGUGACAUUUCCCCUGACUCUCUUAGCAAGGAUUGUAAAGACCAGGUCACAGUGAGUGUGAGCCCCGGCAACGAGACUGUGGAGCUCACUGUGAAGGAGCCUGUGUGCAUAAAGCCCCGCACUGCCAGCAAGAGAAGCAGCAUGUAUCUGGAGGAUAUGGUGUUGCCUUCUCAGGGUAAAAGGACCGAAGGUCAGAGCCAGUUUGGCAGAAACCAGUUUCACUCAUAUGAAAACCUCCUCAUUCACAUCCCCAAAGACCAUAAACCAGGCACCUUUCCAAAAGCCCUCUCCAUAGAAAGCCUGGCGCCUUCCCCUGGUGACAGAAACAAUGACCCUCACGUACAUGCCCAAACUUCUGCCCGUGACAAUGGCCUGGGUGAACCCUGGUCUGGUAAACCUUUGUCUAAACCCUGUCCUGGAGCUCCACGGGGCAGCAGAGUGAGUGUUUAUGACAACGUGCCAGGCUCCCAUUUGUAUGCCAGCACAGGAGACCUGCUGGACUUGGAGAAAGAGGACAAUCUGUUCCCUCACCUGGAUGACAUUAUCCAGCAUGUCAGCGGUCUGCAGCAAAUUGUGAACCACUGGAGCCGUAGCGUGCUGCCCGAAGGGGAGACGGGGGAGGGGGAGGAGGAAGGGGAGGGCCGGACCACUCCCAGCGAAGGUGAGAGAGACGGGGUCUCCUUAAAUGACACAGAUUCAACAGGGACCAGCCGGGAGAGGAGAGACUCUGGAGUUGGGGCCUCCCUCACAAGACCACGUCUACGAUGGCCCAGUUUCAGAACUUCAGAUCAUCUCAACCAGCCGGCAUCUUCUCUGCAGAUCAGCAGCCAAUCAGCGGGCCAGCUCAGCCUGCUGCAAAAGUUUUCCCUGCUCUGCCUCACCGCCAUCAUGGAGAAAUACUCGAUGUCCAACAAGCACGGCUGGACGUGGUCUGUGCCAAAGUUUAUGAAGCGCAUGAAGGUGCCAGACUACAAAGAGAAGAGUGUGUUCGGGGUUCCCCUCAUUGUCCAUGUCCAGCGCUGUGGUUUCCCACUCCCCCUGUGUUUACAGCAAGCCCUCAGCCACCUCAGAACACAUUGUCUGGACCAGGUUGGAUUGUUCAGGAAGUCCGGCGUGAAGUCUCGUAUUCAGGCGUUGAGGCAGCAGUGCGAGUUGUCUCCUGACUGCGUGAACUAUGAAGACCAAUCAGCUUACGAUGUUGCCGACAUGGUCAAACAGUUCUUCAGAGACCUGCCUGAACCUCUCCUCACAAGCAAGCUAGGAGAAACCUUCCUGCAUAUUUACCAGUAUGUCCCAAAGGAGCAGAGACUGCAGGCCGUCCGAGCGGCCAUCUUGUUAAUGCCAGAUGAAAACAGGGAGGUUCUGCAGACGCUGCUCUACUUCCUGCGUGACGUUACAUCAAUGGUGGAGGAGAAUCAGAUGACACCCAUGAACCUGGCCGUUUGUCUGGGGCCGUCGCUUUUCCACCUCAGCAUACUGAAGAGCGAAGCCUUAUCACCAAGGUCAAUUCAGAGGAAGUACACUACAGGCCAACCCGAUCAGAAAGACCUCAGCGAGAACCUGGCUGCCACUCAGGGCCUGGCACACAUGAUCACCGAGUGCCAACGUCUGUUUCAGAUCCCUGAGGAAAUGGUGACCCAGUCCCACAACUCCUACAUGGAAGCUGAGCUGAUGGUGCCCCCGCUGGACGAGCUUUGCAAAGCUCACGAGGAGGAAGUGGAUGUGGACGAGGAAGAAGAAGAUGAGGAAGGAUCCUAUCAUGCACACCUAGAAAGGCUGAUCCAGAACCUGCUGAAAGAGGCCAAAGAUAAGAGCAAAGGCUGGGUGUCUCGCUCAACUACUGACCAUACAGAACUGUCAUUUAAAAAGGUAGGAGACGGUAACCCUCUAAGGAGGUGGAGAGUGUGUGUCGAGGUGUCGGCAGCUCCCGCUGAGGUGCUGCAUCGGCUGCUGCGAGAACGCCCGCUGUGGGAGACUGAAUUACAGCAGGAGAAGAUUCUGGAGACGCUGGACAAACAGACGGACGUGUACCUGUACUCCUGCUGCAACAUGCCACCUCAACCCACCUGUGAAUAUGUGGUACUAAGAUCAUGGCGUACAGACCUCUGUAAAGGCUCCUCUGCGCUUGUUAGUGUGUCUGUUGAUCAUGAAGACAGCCCACCGAUAGGAUCAGUGAGGGGGGUUGUGCUGGAGUCACAGUACUUCUUAGAGCCCUGUGGGACGGGGAGGACCAGACUCACCCAUAUCUCCAGAGUGGACCUCAGGGGAAGAUCUCCAGAAUGGUACAACAAGGCAUUUGGUCACCUAUGUGUUAAUGAAGCCCAGAGGAUCCGCUCCUCUUUUCUCCCCUUUGACCAGACAAGCCCCGAGGCCAAGCUCUGAACCCCAGAAAUUAAGCUUUGUCUUGGGUCACACUGCCAAAGCAGCUGAGCCUGAGAACCAGUGACCCAGGAGGAUAAUCACCCAGGACUUUACACGGUGCUGAGGCAUAGGAAGCUUUAUUGUACCAUACCGUACAUGUCACACACACAGACACACACACUGAAGGAAAGAGUAUUUGUGUCAUUUUAUCAGGUGUCUUUAAACAACAUAUCACAACUUAUUUUUAUCAUAAAUCAUUAUUUUUUAAAAAAAAACACAGAUUCAGUGUUUGUUUCCAGUAAAGUAAUUUAGUGAUUUGACACCAGGUCUCAUGUAUCCAUGUAGAUUAUUGGAACUACAUUGUUAUAUUAUUAUAUUUCUCUGAUUUAAUCUUCCAAAUCUUCCAAUGACGAGGUAAGGAAGCCAGCACCAGCAGGUAUGAUCAUGACGAUGCUGCUGUAGUGGUUGGGUUAGUGUUUAAUAUGCAAACCUUCACCUGAUCACUUUCAUGGUUACUGUAACAGAGUACCUAACAGAAAUGUACACAGAAGUUAAAUAUAAGUUAUGUUAUAACAUAUAUUCUAAAUUAUAUGAAUAUAAAUACAACAGAUAUUAAUUAUCUUAACUAAUUUUACAUUACCUGCCUGACGAAUAUACAUGACAAAUUUGAUCAAAACAUUUCACAAUGUUUUCUAUUAAUAGAAAAUAGAUAAUGUUACUUCUGUUCUGAUUCCAUUGUAGAGUAUUUAUAUAAAAAACAAUCACACAGCAUUGAUAGUAUGUGAUGAUCUUCAAAUCUAAACUAAUAAUACACUCGUGAAAACCUCCAUGACAUGCAGGUUUGCUCCUUUAUUAAUUAACACACGUGUAGUUAUUAAAUGAAAAACUACACAUACUGUAAAAAUGCAAAGAAAACAUCUGUGCUCUAAAAAUACCAAGACCAGCACAUAGUUACGUGUCAGCACUGUGUUGUGAAAGCUGCACUAGUUUCAGGUGAAAUGACUUUCACAGGGAUCUGAAUCACAUAAAGGGAAAACACUCAUCGGGUCCGUGAACGUGCUCAGCAUACAUUUUGUGGAGAUUACUGUUUAUUUUGUUCUCUAUUGUCACUAUUUACAGUGUUAUCUAAAUGAAAUGCCAUUUUAAAGUUAUUGUUGUCAUUACCUUUCUGUAUAUUGUGUCACUGUUGCUUGUUUUGUUUUGGUUUUUUUGCUCUCAUAUUAUACAAUGUCUAAGACAUGUGACCAUUGCUCUGCUUCUGGGAAGCAUGUUUGAAAUGUUUGCGAGUGUGCACGGUGAUGCCUGUGUAUCUGCAUUCUGAAUAUAUGUACAGGCUGUACUGUAAAUAUCUGCAAUGCUUUCUGUGCCAGCAGAUCAAACAUCAUAGUUUUUCAGGGUCUUCCUAUCAUAUUGAUAUAUGCUGAAAUGUGAACCUUCCAUAUAUUAUCCUACUAAAGCAAUAGCAGACUAAAGCUUUGUGGCUCUUAUUGUUUCAGCUGUAGGCGGCGCUGCUAUGGUGUUACUAUGAUAGGCUAUAAUAUUUUUAUAGUGCUGGCAUAAUCCCGCGCGGAUGCCUUUCGCUGGGGAAUAGUGUGACGUGUGUGUGUAUAUGUGUGUAUGUGAGCGAUAAUAAGACAGACAAUGAGUGAGAGUCUUUGACGUGAACCCUCAGCCGUGUGUGAUGAGGCUCCAAACUUAGCUGGGUAGAGCGGCCUGGUUGAUUUAUGCUUGACUAUUUCUGAUAAAGUGACAGAAAACAGAACCGUGGUUACUGAACAUGAGAAUAAAAAUAUCAAAUGUCAAC